GGAGCUCAUGAAGGAAGAGACCAGCAGAGGCGGACCGACCCGCAGCCAGUCCCACUGAUGCCACUGAUCCUGUCCGUGGAACGCAGCGACUCCUACCACCAGACCCUCCUAAAGUCCACUUCACGCGCUCAUACUCUCCACAUCUGGACUGUGGAUCGGGACUGGGAGAGCGGUUCACACUCCGUCACAGCUGCACGUGUGUGUGAGAAAGUGUGUGUGCGUGCGUUCUUUUCCCCUUUUCUUUCCUGCGCGAUCGGGAGAAAGUGCCGUGUCCUUGAAAUUAGAAGUUGAAAGAAGAGGAAGAGUGAAGGAAAGGGAGUUCUGUGACAAAUCUGUGUGAGUACUUCAUCAUCUGGGACCACUAACAAGGAGGUGAAUGGACCUCCACCGCCCCUUCAAGAUGGACAGCCCCUCCUACCUGCCGGCUCCACUGGCCUCCCCCGCCCUCAUGGUCCUUGCCUCCACCGCUGAGGCCGGCCGGGAUGCCUCCGUCCCCUGUCAGGCACCCAGGCCGUUCGGCGUUCCCACCUCAGUAGAGAAGGACCUCCACCUCCCUUUCCCCUCGGCCUCCUACACCUUCACGUCCAUGUACCAGCGCCAGGGCCCAAUGUCUGGCACCUUUCCCUCCCGAGACUUCCCGGCUUCCCUGCUCCACCUGCACCCCCAGUUUACCCCCCCAAACCUGGACUGCUCCACCCUGGGCAUGCUCAACCACAGCGGGGUGGGAGCCUUCCGACCGUUCUCCUCCACACAAGAGGAGAGGGAUUCUGGGGGUUACCAGUCAGCUUUCACCCCUGCCAAAAGGCUGAAAAGCUGCUUCCCUGAGGUAGAGGGGAAAGAGUUUGACUUCAGUUCCCCGGGGGGAUCCCUUAAGGCAGGGGAGGACACAGGGAGGAAGUUGUUUUCCAUGUCCGGCCUACUGUCUGAUGGAGAGGCUUCAUCCAGCCCAGAGGAGCGCAAGGAGCACAGUAAGAUGAGGGGUCUUUAUGACACCCAGACCCCGGUGUGUCCAGUCUGCCAGGCCAUCUUAAGACCAGGAGAACUGCAGGACCACAUGGAGCAGGAGAUGUCCAAGCUGGCCCAACUACAGAUCAGUGGUGCCACCAUAACGCAGCACGACCACCUCAUCAGAACUCCAAAGUCUCUGUCUUUGUCUCUGAACAUCAAAUGUGAAGGAGGUUCACCCACCUCACCCCCCCGACCUGUUGAGGACACCCACUCUGAUCGUUACCAGACAUUUCUCCGUGUUCGGGCAAAUAGACACACACGACUCAAUGUCGAUGACCUCUGCUGGUGCAGGUGCUACGUCAAAUCUGCCCCAUUACGCCCCCACAGCGCAGGAGCCCACCUAGACUGCACACAAGCUGUCAGGAUCAGCAAACUGAAGAGGAGGAAACCAGAGGAUGGACAGGAGGCGUCUGCAGACCUGGUACUGCCAGAUGACGACUGGAACCACAGGAGAAGGAUACAAAUGACAUCUCUGGUCGGAGGAUUUAAAGGUGCUGUCCUGGUGAGCACAACGACUAAGGAGUGUCGGGAUAGUGACGCAGACCUGGAUGUGGAUGGAGACGACACUCUGGAGUACGGCCGAGCACAAUAUUCAGAGACAGACGUGAUUCCGUGUUCAGGCGAAAGCUCCAAGGACACAACAGCAAACAGCAGCAGUAUGUUGGAGUUGUCGAAGUGGUCCAGUGAGGGGAGUCCAUCUACAAGCAGCGGAGAGAAAAUGGACAGCAGCAUAGCUUGUCUCCCCAAAACCUGCAAAAACACUGAAAUAGAGGCGCUCUCAGAGGAUUCCACGCUGACAACUCUAGAUGCACUUAAAGCUCGGAUACGGGAUUUGGAGAAACAGUUGUCUAAAGGAGACAGAUUUAAAUGCCUCAUCUGCAUGGAUACAUACACCACUCCGCUCACCUCCAUCCAGUGCUGGCACGUUCACUGUGAAGAGUGUUGGCUUCGAACGCUGGGAGCAAAGAAGUUGUGUCCACAGUGCAACACCAUUACCUCACCUGGAGACCUGAGGCGGGUCUACCUGUGACAGCCAAUGGGGACAAAAAGGGGAGGGGCUUCUCCUGCCUGUCAGGGGUGGAUGGACUUGUGGGCAGCUGGCCUGUCGUAGACUCCCACCCUCAUCCUCCUCUUCCUCCAUCUCAUACCUUCCUGAACUUGGUUUACAUCCACUAACCUCUGACAGCAAGUGUGGCCUGCCCAUGUGACCUUUAACCUUCCUUUAAAGAGCCCUGUACAGUAUCCAUGUUCAAGUGAGAUCAGAAGAAAAAAAAAAAAAAAAAAACAGAGAUCCGGCACUGAAAUACAAUGCUCUGGGACGAUAUUUAUCAAUUUUCUAAUCCUUUUUGUCUGUUUAUGAAAAAAAAAACAUAGUUGCAAAGCACAUGUACAUAAUUUUGUGUAUGUUCUGAAUGCU